UUGUGGAUCGAUGCAGAGAGAGAGAUAGAGAGAAAGAGGCAACAUGGCAUGUGAGCACCAGCUGUGCUAUUGUUCCCCCUCUUCUUCUUCUUCUUCUUCUUAAUAUAUACCAUUCUUACCUUCCUUACUCUACCCUUUUGACUCCAUUUUCAUCUUCUUCAUCUCCUUUCUUCAAUGACUAAACUAAACUAAACCAAACCCAGAAGAAGAAACCACCUGAAAGAUGAGAACUUUCCAUGUCUUUCACCAUCAUCACCGUAAGCAGUUCAUCAUUCUCUUCUAUCUAUUCCACCUAGUCUUCUCUUCCUCCUCUAAUAAUGACUUGCAGCUGCUCAUGAGCUUCAAAUCGUCUCUUUCCGAUCCAACUUAUCUUCAGAACUGGUUACCUUCUAAUCCCAUCUGUAGUUUCAACGGAGUUGUUUGCACGAAUUCAAGAGUCUCCGGUAUAGACCUCAGCUACUCGGACCUUAAUAACAUUGAUUUCUCUAUUAUAUCUUCACUUCUUCUCUCUAUUUCCAAUUUGGACACACUUUCGUUAAAGGGUGUCAAUCUCACCGGUUCUAUCUCCUUCUCUUCCAAAACUAAAUGCACCGCCGCUUUGACGAAAUUAGAUCUGGCGGAGAACGGACUUACUGGCCCUGUUUCUGAUAUCUCAAGUUUGUCUUCUUGCUCCGGGUUGAGUUUUCUCAAUCUAUCGAAGAAUGGUUUUGACUUUAAUAUCGCCGGGAAAGACUAUACAGCCGGAUUACAGCUCAAACUUACAGAUUUGGAUCUUUCGUACAACAGAAUCUUGGGGUAUAACGUUGUUUCGUGGUUGAUUUCUUCCGGCUGCGACGGCCUUCGUUAUUUGUCGCUUAAUGGGAACAGGGUCGCCGGAGAUAUCACCGUUCUGAAGGACUGUAAGAGCUUGGAACAUUUAGACCUUGCCGGGAAUAAUUUCUCAUCUGGGUUUCCUUCCAUGGGAGAUUGUCAGUCUCUGCAGUAUCUCGACAUCUCAUCGAACAAAUUCUACGGAGAUAUCGGCGUUUCUCUCUCAUCAUGCAAAGUCUUGAAUUUCUUGAACAUCACCGUCAAUCAGUUCAACACGACUUUCCCCGAGCUUCCCGGCGGCAACUUGAAGUUCGUCUACCUCUCCGGCAACCAUUUUUCUGGACAGCUACAGGAAAAUAUCGUAAAGUCUCUCUGCUCUGAGCUAGUUGAGCUGGAUAUUUCACAGAACGCUUUAUUUGGUCCAUUCCCUGAAAGCUUCGGUGGUUGCUCUUCACUGGAAAGACUCGACAUUUCCGGCAAUAACUUCACCGGUGAGUUGCCAAUCGAUACUCUUCUAAAGAUACCCACCUUGAAGAACAUCUCCUUAGCUUAUAACAAUUUUGUUGGUAAUUUACCUGAUGGGUUUUCUAAAUUAACGAAUCUGGAAUCAUUGGAUGUUAGUUCCAACAGCCUCUCUGGUUCAAUACCAGGGGAGAUUUGCCCUAAUAAUCUGAAAGUUCUGUAUCUUCAGAACAAUCUCUUCACCGGUCCAAUUCCAGCUAGUAUUGGAAACUGUUCUCAAUUGGUCACGCUUGAUCUGAGCUUCAAUUAUCUAACAGGGACAAUCCCUUCUACCUUUGGUUCCCUUUCAAAGCUCAAAGAUCUGAUUCUAUGGCUGAACCAGCUCCACGGUGAAAUCCCACCGGAGUUAAUGUAUUUACAGACAUUAGAGAGCUUAAUUCUUAACUUCAAUGAAUUAACUGGUAGUAUUCCACCUGGGUUAGGAAACUGCACAAAAUUGAAUUGGAUUUCAUUGUCCAACAACCAGUUAACCGGAGAAAUACCCGAAUCGCUCGGCCGUUUGACUAAUUUAGCGAUUCUCGAGCUGGGUAACAACUCUAUCACGGGCAGGAUCCCGCCGGAGCUCGGGAAUUGUCAAAGCUUGUUGUGGUUGGAUUUGAAUACGAAUUCGUUGAAUGGAACUAUUCCGCCGGAACUAUUCAAACAGUCGGGUUAUGUCUCGACUGGGCUUCCCGGAAAGAGAUAUAUCUACAUUAAGAACGACGGCAGCAAACAAUGUCACGGCGCCGGAAGCUUGUUGGAGUUCGGCGGGAUUAGACUUGAUCAGUUAAACCGCCUUUCUUCAAGACAUCCCUGUAAUUUCACUCGGGUUUAUAAAGGGAUAACUCAGCCGACAUUUAAUCACAACGGAUCUCUCAUAUUUCUCGAUCUUUCGUAUAAUGGGUUGGGUGGUAGUAUCCCAAAGGAGCUCAGCUCAACGUUUUAUCUAUCCGUUUUGAAUCUAGGGCAUAACGAUUUGUCCGGUCAGAUCCCGCCGGAGCUCGGGAGUAUGAAAUUCGUCGCGAUUCUAGAUCUUUCCUACAAUAAGCUAAACGGGUCGAUUCCUCAGUCUUUAACCGGGUUAGCUUUGCUAAGUGAAGUUGAUUUAUCCAAUAAUAAUCUCUCCGGACUCAUUCCUCAAUCGGCUCCGUUCGACACGUUUCCUGACUACCGAUUCUCCAAUAACUCCGGGCUUUGCGGGUACCCGCUUUCGGCCUGCGGAUCGGGUUCUCGGGCGAAUUCAACGGGUCAGCAUGGCAAGUCUCGUCGGAGACCGGCUUCUCUAGCCGCGAGCGUGGCCAUGGGUUUGUUAUUCGCUCUUUUAUGCAUUUUCGCGAUUAUUAUCGUGAUCAUCGAGAUCAAGAAGAGGAGGAAGAGACGGGAAGUUGCAUUGGAAGCUUAUAUGGACGGCGGACGGGGUCAUAAUUCGAAUUCAGGGAAUACGAAUACGGCUUGGAAGUUAACCGGGGCUCGUGAAGCAUUAAGUAUCAAUCUUUCCACGUUUGAAAAGCCUCUUAGGAAGCUCACAUUUGCGGAUCUUUUGGAGGCCACAAACGGUUUCCAUGACAACACUCUGAUCGGGUCGGGCGGGUUUGGGGAUGUCUAUAAGGCCCAAUUGAAAGACGGGUCUGCCGUGGCUAUCAAGAAGCUCAUACACAUUAGCGGACAAGGCGAUCGAGAAUUCAUGGCGGAAAUGGAAACCAUUGGGAAAAUUAAGCACCGGAAUCUCGUACCGUUGUUGGGUUUUUGUAAGGUCGGAGAGGAGAGGCUUUUGGUUUACGAGUUUAUGAAAUAUGGAAGCUUGGAAGAUGUUUUACACGACCCGAAGAAGGCGGGUUUGGUGAAGUUGAAUUGGGAUUCGAGGAGGAAUAUCGCAAUGGGGUCGGCUAGAGGGCUCGCGUUUCUACAUCACAAUUGCAUUCCUCACAUAAUUCAUCGCGAUAUGAAAUCGAGCAAUGUUCUACUCGACGAGAAUUUGGAUGCUCGUGUCUCGGAUUUCGGUAUGGCUAGGUUUAUGAGCGCGAUGGAUACCCAUUUGAGCGUCAGUACUCUCGCGGGUACUCCCGGUUAUGUUCCUCCCGAAUAUUAUCAGAGCUUUCGUUGUUCCACAAAGGGCGACGUUUACAGCUACGGUGUGGUCUUGCUCGAGCUUCUAACCGGUAGACAGCCGACAAACUCUGCCGAUUUCGGAGACAAUAAUCUAGUUGGAUGGGUGAAGCAACAUGCGAAGAUGGGAGUAAGCAAAGUAUUCGACCCCGAGUUAAUGAAGGAAGAUCCCGGGUUGGAGGUUGAACUUUUGCAACAUCUAAACGUGGCUUGUGCGUGUCUAGACGAUAGGCCAUGGAAACGUCCUACGAUGAUUCAAGUUAUGGCGAUGUUUAAGGAGAUCCAAGCGGGUGGGUCUGGGAUCGAUUCGAUGUCGACUAUUUCCGGAGAGGACGGUGGGGGAUUUUGCGCGAAUUCGAUGGAGAUGUGUAGUAUAAAAGAGGGUAACGAACAAGGAAAGACUUGAAAAGAGAUCGGAAAGUGAAGCCGAAAAAUUUUCCAAACCCUGAAAGUGAAAGAUGGGUGUUAUACACGAGAUGAUUUGUUCGUUGUUAUUGUUGUUGUAAUCGCAUUAAAAUGUAUGUAAAAUUGUAGGGAAUUUGAAUAUUUUGUUAUUGUGAGCCAUAAAAGGGGAUAUGUCAUGUGUUAGGUUGUUGUUGUACUCUACUAACAUAAUAUUAUUAUUGUACAUAUUAUUAUUAUUAUUAUUGUUAUAGUUCAAAAAUAUUGUUAUUAUUA